UUACCAAGCACUGUGUAGUCUGGAGCUCGAAGCCCGCUGCUACGUUGUCGCCACAUUGCUUGCGCUUACAUUUCCCCCUUUUUACUCAAAUUGAUGAACGAGAGUCGGCUCGAGGUUUGGCUGCAACAACGCACUGAAGUGGACACGUCACCUGCCGCGCAGUUUAUUGCGGGCGUCCUGCCAUAACAUCACCGCAACAGACCCGUGAAACAAACGCGGUACAAAAAAACGAGACGCCAGUUCGUUCCUCUUCCACAGGCAGUCGCCGCUGGGGUUGAGUGUGACCGUAGAGGCGCGAUGCAAAAAGCGGUUCGCCUUGAUCGCGCCGUGGCACAGCCGGCGUAGCGUGCACCGACUGUACUGCAUGACACUUCAACGCACCAAUCAGUCGCGGAGGAGCUGAUUGAGUCUACUUCCCUACAGUGGAGUAGCUGAGGGGGAAGCGGGCGGACGGCAAUCUCACACGGAUCGCUCAUCAUCGGCCGAGUGCGCACGGUCAGAUCGCCCUGCGAGAGAGCGCCCGAGGCACAGCGCCGCCAUCGAUUUCUCUUUCGACCCCGGUCACGGUUGUCUGCUGCAGGGAGAUGGCCGGUAUUUUGGCGUGGUUUUGGAACGAGAGGUUCUGGCUCCCCCAUAACGUAACCUGGGCUGACUUAAAAAACACAGAUGAGGCGACGUUCCCGCAAGCCGAGGAUCUCUAUCUGGCGUGUCCUUUAGCAUUCUGCAUCUUCAUGAUCCGACUGGUGUUCGAAAGGUUUAUUGCAAGACCAUGUGCGAUGGGCCUGAAGAUCCAAGCCAACGGGCCACAAAAAGCACAGCCCAACGCUAUCCUCGAGAAGGUUUUCACUGCUAUAACCAAGCACCCAGAUGAGAAGAGGCUGGAAGGCCUGUCCAAGCAGCUCGACUGGGAUGUGCGGACCAUCCAGCGCUGGUUCAGACAGCGGCGCAACCAGGAGAAGCCCAGCACUCUCGCUCGAUUCUGUGAAAGCAUGUGGAGAUUUACUUUCUAUCUAUACAUAUUUACCUACGGAGUGCGUUUCCUUAAAAAGACUCCGUGGUUAUGGAACACUAAAGAGUGCUGGUACAACUAUCCUUACCAGCCACUGACUGUGGACAUCCAUUAUUACUAUAUACUGGAGCUGUCUUUCUACCUGUCCUUACUCUUUUCCCAAUUCACAGACAUCAGGAGGAAGGAUUUCCUGAUCAUGUUCCUGCACCACCUGGCAACGAUCUCCCUCAUCACCUUUUCCUACGUGAACAACAUGGCACGAGUAGGAACUCUGGUCAUGUGUCUCCACGAUGCAGCCGACGUGCUGAUAGAGGCUGCCAAGAUGGCUAACUAUGCCAAAUGUCAGAUUCUGUGCAACCUCCUGUUUGCAAUGUUUGCAAUUCUCUUCAUAAGUUCCAGACUGGGAGUUUACCCUGUCUGGAUUUUAAAUACCACCUUGUUUGAGAGUUGGGAGAUUGUAGGGCCCUACCCAUCCUGGUGGGUCUUCAACCUGCUUCUGAUCCUGCUGCAGCUUCUUCACUCCUUCUGGUCCUACCUCAUAGUGAAGACAGCGUGCCGAGCCAUAUCCAAAGGAAAGGUUGGAAAAUGGAAUCCCUUACAUGUGUCUAAAGAUGACCGCAGCGACAUCGAGUCCAGUUGUGACGAGGAUGACAGUCCCCCACCCAAUCAGAAGCACCACAUCAGCACCACCAAUGGGACCAAUAAAAAUCACGGGACCAACGGCUACCUGACAGUAGCCCCGUAUCCCGACGAACACUGACUAAGCUGAUAUCACAACACUGGAGCCGUGCUACAGACACCAUCCAUCAAUCUGUGUGUGUGUGUGUGUGUGUGUGUGUGUGUGUGUGUGCGUGCGUGCGUGCGUGCGUGCGUGCGUGCGUGCGUGCGUGCGUGCGUGCGUGCGUAUUUGAGUGUAUGGUGGAGACAUGAACAACAUCGCCUGUCUGGUACUGGAAAUUCUUACAAGACUUAAUUGAAUGCAGUUUUGUUAUCAAUUUGAUUCUUUACUAAUUUCUUUGCGCAGUUUAUUCUCUUCAUCUAUAUAUUUGCAUCAAACUGCACUCAGUGAGACAUCAAAGCACUCCUAUCAGUACAACCCACUCUCUGUUUAGCCAAUGAAUUAAAGCAUUCCACUUUAUGGUGUAAGCAUGCUACUUUAACAUACAGUAGUCUGGCCUACUUGGGGUGUGUUUUCCUUAUGUUUAUGUCUUUCUAUGUUAUUUAUUUUUUAUAAAUAUGUUUGCAGAUGGUAGUCAGACAUCCAUUCUACCUUGAUGUCAGUGUUAAAGAUGAAAUAAUCUUGAACAACAACACAGCUGUUUUUCACACCUCACAUCACAACGAGUAUUAGCAAAACGCUGAAGACCUGGGUUUACUUUUAAUGCCACACCCCUAAAGAUUUGCCAAAACAAUAACUGAGUGUGUCUUCACUCACAAAUGGAUUGUAAUGUGUGAAGUUUGCUCACAUUUCAAAAAAACAAAAAUCUUCCACCAAAACUGUAUAUGAGAUGUCAAUAAUAGUAUUAUGUUUGUGCAUCAGAUAGGGCUAGAUGCGGUAUUCCCUAUUGAAGCAUUUUGUUAAGAAUUCUGGUACAUUUCUGGUAAGCAUUUCAUUAAAGGCCAUUUGCUCUCUUACGAGGUGGAAAUGAAUUGUUUGAAUUAUUCAAUAAAAAAAACAUGAAAAUAAAAAACAUGAAGACUGUAAAU